AUGCCUGUCGUCACGAAGCUCGCGUUGGCUGCCGCUGUAGCGGUGGCAGCGGCGGGGGAGGGAUCCAAGCUGGGUGUCAACGACGGCCCCGCGUAUUACAACAAGGCGAAUCUGCGGUUGGGCGGCGUAGACCACAUCACACGAUUGGGGGAGAGUUGCGGCUUCAUGGACACCGCGUACCAGUCCAUGGCCAUCAAGCACGUGAACGAGCGGAACUCGAAUUGGUGCAGGGCCAUCGGGGACUUGUCCGAGGGCUGGGACAUGUCCUUGGUCCUGUUGGACGCGACCGAGCAAGAAACAGGGGAUUCCCCGCCGAAGGCGGCGCUGUCUGCUGGGUUGAAGCUGGUCGGCUCCACGCCCGAAGCCCAGGUUCCGCUCAUGAGCUGGGCAGGCACCGAAGUGGCACCGUGGAACGAGUCCAACUUUUCGGGCGCGUCCACGAACAUUUUGCCCGUGCACGGGAUCUUGGGCCCAUCGUACAGCGGCACCACCAUGAAGACCAGCUCGUUCUUCGACAGCUUCAACGUGCCCAUCAUGAGCAACUACGCCACCAACCCCGCCAUGUCCCAGAAGUCUGGCAACAGCGCGUACCCCAACUUCUGGCGCACCUGUCCCCCAGACUCGCUGAAGAUGGACAUGGUGGCCGUGUGGCUGCAGUCGUGGGGCAUCUCCAAGGUGUUCGUGGUCACCAUCGACGACAGCUUUCCCAUUGGCAUGCGAGACGCGCUCCUGGGGUAUUGCCCCAAGUACGGCCUGACCUGCGCCACCGCAAGCAGCCUGGUGCCCGCCGCCUCCGCCAGCCAGACCGACGUGCUCCUGGAUGACCUGAUGGACGAGUUCGCUGCCUCUGGCACCAGGACCAUCGUGCUCAACGGCCUGGUGGCGCAGAACUCGAAGAUCAUGAGGGCGCUGAACAGCCGAGGCCUGUCCGACGGCGACCAGGGCUACAUCGUCGUCCACCCAGAAUUUAUUGGCACUAGCGAGGUGGACUUCGAGGGAGCGUUCGCGGUGCUGCCCAGCCAUGAGAUAGCUGCGGCGUGGCAGGCCGCGUACGGCAUGGUGCCGCCGCUGACAGAGUUCGUGAAGCCGUUCGUGAACGGUGGCGGGUUUGCGAACGAAUCCUUCGUGUACACUCCUUUCGAGCAGUCACCUAUUUGCGGCACGCAGCAGGACGUGCUGUGCAGCAGCACCAGCAUCGGCCACAGCGGUAUGAUGGGCGCUGAAGGCUCUGACAAUGAGAACAGGGCACAUUUUACAUGGCACGAGGUGAAAGACGAUUUUGAGGCAUGCAGCGCGUAUGGCCCGUUAGGGUAUGACUCGGUGGUGUCCUACGCGGCCGCGUUCGACAUUGGGGUGCGCCUGCACAAGGCGAACCACUCCCAGGGCUUCGACAAGGACUCGGUUACCCCAGAGAAGCUGAUGGCGAUGCUGCACAUUCUGACCCAGGGCGUAGACACCGAUGGCGAGAAUGUGAGCCUCGACAAGGACGGCGACGGCCUGGCCGACACCCCGGUGAAGGAAUUCUACGGGACUUGUCUUGGCUCGGGUGGGCCCAUCGGGUUCGAGUGGCGCGACGGCAUGCGGCAGGAGCGCAGCUCCCACUUCUCCGUGGUCAACUACCGGACAGCGCCGGGAAACGCCGCAGAGCUGAUCGGUCACCCCACGUGGGACAUGUACACCGCGAGCUCCUCCGAGACGCCACUGCUCGUCGAGCGUGGUGCUGCCGCCGCGGGCGUCAAGUUCGGGACUGGGACGGUGCUGGGCUACCCCCGAAACGACGGCAUGUUGCUGGGCAUGCCUCCGGUGUGCCCGCCAGGGCAGUAUCUGGACCCCGACGUCAGCAGCUGCAAAGCCACCAGCCCCGGCUACUACCAGCCACUGGAAGGGCAAGACUCCGAGUUGGCCUGCCCGCCGGGCUUCUCUUGCGAGAGCGGCGGGUGCGCGGAUCAGUGCGACGCGUGCGCGCUGGGGAAAUUCCAGAAUCAGAGCGGGCAGGCAACCUGCGAGCCAUGCCCUGCGGGGUCCGCCGCGGGCACGCCAGGCUCCGCGUCUUGCUCGCCGUGUCCGCCCGGCGAGUUCGCAGGCUUGGCGGGGAUGGCCUCGUGUGCCGCGUGCCCGAUUGGGCAGGUGCAGACCGCGGCGGGGCGGAGCUCGUGCGAGGCCUGCCCAUCGGGUCGGACCACCUUCGAGAAGUCUGCUUCGCUGCUUGCCAGCUGCCUAUGCCUCGAGGGGACCAUGGAUCCAGACGCGCCCAUGCUGACGGUCGCGGAUGCCAGCGGGUCUCUGGUGGAUGUGGCGACCAAGGACGAUCUGGCCAUCUGCCAGGCGUGCCCCGAAGGUUUCGAGUGCCCACUAGGUUCGUCCUUCUACGACGCUCUGGGAGAGAACCACGUGCUGCACGGAUACGUGGAGCCGGACGCAAGCCAGGUGAACAUCGUCCCAGUGUCGCGACCGAACAUGGCCGUCGCCCAGGGUUACUACCUGGCGGCGGGCUACCAGAGCUCUGCGGGCUCGGCCUCGGACAAGCUGGCGCUGAACAUCUACCUGUGCGAUGGACUUGGCAUUCAGCAGCUGAGUCAGGAGGGAUACGUGAGUCCUUGCCCAGGCGGGCCCGCCGACGCGUGCGACAACGGCCGCGAAGGCAUCGCGUGCGCGAAAUGUGCCGAAGGCUCGUACGCCACAGUCGACGGCCCCUGCGCGAAGUGCGACGGCUGGGAGCCAGCUAUUCUGGUCCUUGUGGCCCUGGCGGGCUUUAUUGCGGUGGUGGCCAGCUACUACUUCAUCAACGGACCGCUGAACGGCCAGUUGUCGCCUCUCAUGGUCUUGGCGAUGUGCGCCGGGACGUUUGUGAUGACGCUGCAGUCGUGCGCGGCGUUGGCAUCGCUGUCGAUCUCGUAUCCGGACGGCCUUGGCGGGCUUUUCGCCGGGACACGGCUGUUCGCGUUGGACCUCAGGGCGCUCAGACCGGAGUGCACUCUGGGCUCUUCUGUGAUCGCAGGUUAUGCGCUGAAGGUUGGGCUGCCUUGGUUCUUGUUUGCGCUCUUCAGCGUGCUGUGCGUACUGAGCAAAUUGUUGCCAGAGCGGUGGCAGUGGGAAACUUCGAAGACGUUCAACACCGUGUGCAACUUCUUCCAGGCCGCAUUCAUCACAAUCAUCCUCACCGUGAUCGGGCCCUUCCGCACCUUCGCGCACCCUGGCAGUGGUGACCGCAGCAGCAUGCUGAGCAGCCCAGACAUUGACACCUCGAGCGGGACGUACGUCGGGCUCGUCGUGUUCGCGGUCUUCGGCCUACUGCCCUGCUUCCUGUUCAUCGCGCUGUAUGUGUUCUCCGUGAAGAAGUCGCCCGCGUGGCGCGAGACCGACAUGGUCAAGCAUCUGCAGGCCAUCAAGUUCGUGUUGUUCCGCUUCGAGGCCCACGCCUACUACUGGGGCCUUUGCUUUCUGGCGCGGUCCACGGCGGUGAGCAUAAUCACGCUGCUGCCCAACCCGUUCACGCAGCUGCUGCUGUUGUCGGUGGUGAUGGUGGUGUACUUGGUAGCCCUGUGCCUGGUUUGGCCGUGGAGGGCGCCGGUGGUGAACGUGCUGGACGCGCUGCAGACCACGCUGUUGCUCGUCAUUCUGCUGGCGGCUACCAGGCCCGUCGGCGCGGACAACGGCGGCGAGGACGCCGACGCCGUGACGGGCCUGAUCAGUGCUUGCUACGUCGUGCUGCUGCUGGCGUUCGGCGUCGCCGGGGUCUUCGCCGUGCGUGGCCAGCUCGACAUGGGCGAAGGCAGGGCCGCGGGGGCCGACGGCAUCCCCGAGAGGAGCGGCGGCGAGGCAGACGCAGGUCGUGGCGCGGACGACGACGCCGUGGAGAUCGACGAGAAGCCCAGCGGCGAGGUCGCCGAUAGUAAGGAUCGAAGAGAACACGCUGAUGGCCCUCGCGUGGAGGUCUCCAGCCAAGUCUGA